AUGUCGAUCUUUAAGCUAAAGCUUAUUAAAGCUUAUUUUAUCGACAAUCUUAACAAAGGUUUUAUCGAACUUUUAAUAGCGUUAUUUACAGCUCCAGUCUUAUUUGCUAAAAAGCAAGACGGUUCCCUUCGCUUUUGUAUUGACUUCCGCGCGCUAAACAACCUCACUCGUAAAGAUCGAUACUCUUUCUUUUUGAUCGAUAAGACCUUCGCACCUCCCGCUAAGCUCAAUUACGUCGUUUACGAUAAAGAGAUGCUAGCUAUCAUACGCUCUUUUAAUAACUUCCGCGCCGAACUCGCCGGCUCUUUUUAUUAA